AUGGAUUAAGCAUAUAAGCAGUUUUUAGUUACUGAUGAUUUAAAAUUUACAAUUGAAUGGUCAUCUAAUUAACUUAUCUUGAUAAACAAUCUUGAUCCUAAGCAAAAAGCUUAACUCCAUAUAAAUGAGCAAAUAGGAAAAUAAGUUUAAGUUUGUAUCUCUGAAAACUAUGUAGCGUAAACAAUAUAUUUAAGUGAAGGAUCUUAUCAGUUUAUAUUAAGGGAUUACUCUAAAUUCACUCAAGCAAUAUCUACAGAUCCAAAAAAAGUUAACAUUCCUUCACCGAUUGUUGCUAUUUAUGAAUAAAACAAACACACAAUAUUACUCUUCACAAAAGAUUAUGAAAUAUAUAGUUUAAAGUGGAAAUUGAUCACAGAAGAUUCAGAAGUAAAUCCUUACACAUGUAAACAGCCAGUUUCUAUUCAUCUUUAGCUUGAACUAAAUAAUAGCAAAUAAAGUAAAGAAAACUAAAUAUAAAUGGAAGGAAAACUGAUUAAAAUGAAAUAUGAGAAAACAGUCGAGUAUAGCUUUUUCUAUUUGCAAUCUUCGAAUUGUAAAAGAAUAUACAAAGUUUAGUAUAAAGAGGGAUAAACUUGGGUUUAGUCUUGCAUAUAGUGUGAUAAAGAAAGCUCAAUAUAGGAUUUCGAUGUGUAUAAUGGGAAAGUGUAUGCAACUUUGAUUAAAUAAAAACAAAAAGCAUUUACUUUAGCAACAGCUGAAGAAUUAAGUGAUAAAUUUAGCCAGGAAAAGGAGAUAGACUGUAUAGAAAAUGCAUACUAAAUAAAUACUCAUCUUUUCAAAAUAAUCGAUACAUUUAAUAACGAAAUUUACAAUUAUAUUCUAAUUUCUUACCUUCUUAAAAAAUAAGACAACUAAAAUCAGCUUAAUGUGAUUUUGAUUGAUUUGAAUCUUCAAUAAAAUUUGAAUAGCAAUUAAAUUUUAGAAAAACGUAUUGCUAUUGGAACGAUUAGUUGUACAAAUAAUAGAGCAGAAGAUAUUCAAGCUUUGCAUUUUAAGAGGGUUGUGAAUCUCAAAAGAAAUAACAAGGUAUUUAUUCCACUAUAUGAGAAAACAUUGCUAGGUAAUGAAAAUAGUAUCAUUGUUAACACUAUUUAGCUUUAAAAAGCAGAAAUAGGAUGCUAAGAAAACAAUCAAGAAUAAUGUGAUAAUCUCUUUUAAUAACUUGUUUUAAAGAAAAAUAGCAUUUAUGAUAAGAGCUAUGUACUUUAAAGACCAAAUCAAAUUAUUGAUGAAUAUAUUUAAAUAUAGCAAAACAAAAUUCCUAAUUAUAUUCAAAACUAUAAUCCUGAUUUUAGUCCAAAUUUGGAUGUUUAAAGCUUGAAAUUUCUUUAUCUAUUGAUUGUAAAUAAGCAACACACUCUGCUUACUGAUAUUAUAAAUACCAGGACAAUAGUUAGAAAAAAUUAAGAAGUAUGUGAAUAUCUUAUUUUGAACUUAGAAUAAUUAGAAAAGGAGUUAAGCUUUCUCAUGUUUUAGAACGAUGUGCUUAAAUCUAUUAGAGAAACAAACUUCUUAAAUUUUAAUAAGCAAGACUACAAAUAAUUUUAUGAGCUAGUAUAGAUUAUAAGCGAAAUUUUUAAUUCAAUACUUGUGAGAAAAUAAAAAGAAGCAUUUGAAGAUCUGAGAGAAAGAAAUUUAAGUUGCAUUAGUCCUGAACAUUAGAUUUCUAUAAAUAAUGCAAAUUCCCUCAUCGAAUAAAUAGCUUCUUAGAUUUCAAUAAUAAAAAUAUCAGGCUGGUUAUUAGAUUAGAACUUUUAAAAUAAAAAUUUGAGCUAAUUACUAUUUUCUUCUGAUUAUUAUGUCAAAAUAAUCUAGCAAUAAAUAGUAAAUAGAUAAUAUGAUUUGAGUGGCAUAAUAAAAGAGAGAAACAAUUUAUUAGAUAUAAAUCAAACUUUUAAUGCACUAUUUUGUGAUAAAAUAUUUCAAGAAACUACUUCCUUUGAGUUGUUUGAUCCUAUAAAGAUAAUCAAGACUUUCGAAUCUAAUAAGUCUGUUGGAAUUAAUUUGCAUUCAUUUGCUCUUUACAGAUAUAUUUAUGAGUUAUCAAAACUUAAUUAGGACUUUGAUUUAGCCCUUCAAAACUAUGAGAAACAGCUUUCUUAUCUUUCAAAUAAUGGUUAUGUUAACUCAAUUGUAAAUGUGAGUAAUGGAUAGUUAUUUAGGUGCUUAUGUUUGAUUGAUGAUUUAAACUAAAAAAAUAAACUUUAGGUUUUUAAUUUAAUUAUUGAAAAUAAAAAAAUUAUUCAAAGCUUAAGUCCUGAUCUUAUUCUUUUUAUAAUUUGUACAUUUGCUGCUCAUUCUUUUAAAGAAGAAUCAUUUCUUUUAAUUCGUUAAUUUAACAAAGAAAUUGAUUGGAUACAGGCUAGUUAUCCAUCAAUCCUCGUUAAUAUUUACCUGAAGUUUAAUAGUGUAAGCUAAGCUAUGUAAUUCAGCUUUGCAAUUAAAAACUGUACAACUCUGAUUGAAAGAAAAGAAACAAUUUUACAAGAAUUAAUUCCUAAAAUAAUAGAGAAAGGAUAAGAAGAGAUGCUUUUUAGAGAAGAACUAAUGCUUUAUCAGGAUGAGCAGUUAGUCGAAUCAUUCUAUAGCCUCAUUAAUAGUGGAAGAAAUUAACUAAUUUUAAUUUUUAUUAAAUAUUUAAUUUACAGAAAUUAAUACCUAACAGCUAUGGAGGUAUUUGAAAAUUAUUAAAAAACGAUAGUUAACUGCUUUGAAAAAGAAUAAAUUGAGUUUAUUUUAGCUCUUUUUUCUUCUAUUCUUAAAUAGUAUUCUUCUAUCUAGUGUUAGGAAUUAAUUUAAUCUUACUAAUUUCUAACUCAAUACAACGUUUUGAGAUAGGGUAAUUAAAACUAAAUGAAUGUGGAAAGCACAAACAAAAACUUUGCAAAUAAUAUACUAAGCUCUUCAAUAAAAUCUUAUAACCUACUUUAGUAAAAUUUUAGUACAAAGAAGCCAUAAUAAAACUUUGAAGAAAAUAACUUUUUAGGUUUAAUAAACUAAGAUAUUAGUAAAUUUUAAGCUUAUGACUAGAAUUAAAUGAUAGUUGAUAACGAUAUUAAUAUGACACCUCAGCAGUCAUAUGAUAGAUUAGACAUGAGCCAAAGCAAAAAGAGCAAAAGAAAGUGGACAACUUCUAAAAAAAAACUUUCUCCAAAUUGA